AUGAAUCUCUUCCGAUCAAAACUUGUGUUCUAUCGAAAGUCGUAUAAAAAAGAAAUAACAAAAAAGAAGAAGAAGAUGAGUACUAUAGCAGAUGAAUUAUUCGCAUCGUUUGUCGAUUUUGAACAAGUAGAGGAAGAUCAAUAUAUUGAUCUGAAGAGAAUUUGUAGAAAUAAAAGGCGCAAACUGGAGGUAUCUAAAAGUUCAUCUCUCAAAUUGAGGUACAUUCAUAAGAACCUAUCGCUUGCUAAGAACGAGAUGGACCGAUUACGCGACGAAAACUCGAAAAGAUUGCUACGUGAUAGAAAGCUUAGUUUGGUUCUUGAUUUAGAUCAUACGCUCCUCAAUUCAGCUGGCUUUUCCGUGAUUACGGAUGAAGAAGAAUAUUUAAAUUGCGAAAGAGACGUUUUGCCAGAAUAUUUGAAGAGCAGCCUGUUCAGAGUGGACUUGACGAAGACGUUGACUAAGUUGAGGCCGUAUGUGAACACAUUCUUGAAAGAAGCUAGUAAAUUAUACGAGUUGCACAUAUAUACUAUGGGCGGUUUUUUGUAUGCUCUAGAAAUGGCGAAAUUGCUCGACCCCGAAAAUAUCUACUUCAAUUCAAGAAUCAUUUCACGAGAUGAUUCCACACGGAUGUUUGAGAAGAGUCUCGACGUUGUUUUGGGGAAAGAAAACGCAACUGUCAUCCUUGAUGAUAGUGAAUCGGUGUGGUGCAAGGAGCACAAGGAGAAUUUAAUAGUAAUAGAAAGAUAUCACUUUUUUGCUAAUAGUUGCAAGCAAUUUGGAGUCGACCAUAAAUCGCAUUCUCAAUUAAAAAGCGACGAAAACGAGUCCGAAGGCGCAUUGGCUAAUAGUCUUAAAAUUCUUCAACAGAUCCAUACUUUGUUCUUUGACAUGGGGCAGAAAGAUAGUCUAGAGGACCGGGACCUGAGAAAGGUGCUGAAAAGUGUACGAAAAGAAGUCGUAAAAGGGUGUAAAGUGGUGUUUAGUGAUGAAAUCAGCAAUUAAUUACAUGUGCCGAAAGCAGCCCGAAGAAAAAUUUCCCGUUCGU